AUGGGUUUGAAGGUUGUUCUACCUUGUUUGUUGGUUUGUUAUAUCUUUCUGUAUUACAAUGGGGUUGAAGGAUAUAUGAAAUUAUCGAAAAAAGAAGAUUUGGAAAUAGAGAAAGAACUUAAGCGCUUGAAUAAGCCAGCAGUGAAGACUAUUAAGACAAAAUAUGGAGAUAUAUAUGAUUGUGUGGACUUCUACAAGCAACCUGCAUUUGAUCAUCCUUUGUUGAAGAAUCAUAAUUUUCAUCCCCAGAUGAGGCCAGCAUCACCUCCUAGAAGAGUGAGCCCAGAGAAAGAGGUGCCAAAACCUGAUUAUAAACCCGUGAAAAUGGGGUUGGAGGGUGGAGGAUGUCCGAUGGGAACAGUUCCCAUAAGGAGAACUACUAAAGAUGAUCUCAUUAGAGCCAAAUUGUAUUCAGAAAUGCAUGCUUCGAAAAUUAAUCCUCUUACUGACGAUCAACCUGGUAAACAUUUUGCUGUGGCUCAAACUAUCGCAGAUAUCGAUUAUGAUGGAGUUGGAGCGAUGCUUAGCGUAUGGAAUCUUCCGGUUCAAGCUCCUCAAUACACCUCAGGUCGAGUAAAGAUUAAAAAUGGUGCUGAAAGCUUAGAAGCUGGGUGGACGGUGAAUCCGGGUUUAUAUGGUGGUGAUAAUAGAACCAGAAUGUAUAUUUAUACCAAUGCUGGUCAAGCACAUUGUUUCAACACACCAUGUGGAUUUAUACAAGCUUCAGCAGAUAUACCUGUGGACUUGGUUAUCGAACCAGUUUCAACAUACGGUGAACUACCAUAUUACAUAACCUUAUCAAUUUACCAGGACACGAUUAAUCUGAGCUGGUAUCUUUAUUACGAUGACAAUCGUACCGUGGUAGGGUGGUGGCCAAGUCAAAUAUUCACCAAUUUAGGAAGCACGGCUACGGGAGCAGAAUGGGGAGGAGAGGUAUUCAGCCCACCGAAUGUCCCUAGUCCAGGAAUGGGUUCCGGUCAUCGGAUAAAGUUGGACACCAAUUAUGAUGCAUUUUGCGCACAAGCCAAUAUUGUAGUAAAUAAUACGAUUAUAAAACCUCCUAGGGACCUAGAGCAGUUUGCUGAUAAUUUUAAUUUCGAUAUAGCCAAUAAAGGAGAUGUUGGAGGUGACCCUGGUUAUCUGAUCCUUUAUGGGGGUGUUUCUGGUGCAAUUGGAAAUUGA